GGUCUGAAACCGGACAAACCACGGAAACCAGUCACCCUGGUUCUGCGGAUUGCGCCAACGAUCCUUACCGACACUCCGCAGGCCCUCCCGAUACAAGCAAGUCGAGACGCUAUCCUCAUCGUCAUCAUCAACAUCUUCAGACCAUCCUCCAUCAGAGUCGCCGCCAUGUCGGGGACCUGCACUUGGGCAAAGUGCACCCGCGUCGGGGUCUGUAAGGUUUACCUGAAAAUUCUCGGGCGCCAGUUCUGUGCGUCCCAUUGUGCGCUCCAUCGGGAAUCCAUGGGAAUCGAGGAUUUGUGCGAAUUUUGCAACGGUGAUUUCCAGACGACACCAGUUGUCGGAGACGUCGACCGCCCCAUUCGGUCGGACCUCACUCUACAGCAACCACGACGGCCGGCCGGACAGCACCCAAGCUACGCCGUUGAUGAGCCGUAUGCUAGCAAUCCAGACACCGGCACUCGCUGGCUAACACCGGCUGCUCAGCCGGCUCAAUAUGUUUUCCCCCAAGCUUCGGUUCAGCACUACUAUCCUUCUGCGAGACGAACCGAACAGCAGCACGAUUACGCGAAAGCCACAGAGAAAUGGCCACAGCAACCGGAACACGUCACGGAGCGACCAUCUCGAAACCAGAAAGGCUCCGCGGAUGAGCUACAGUACCCCGCCGCGCGCGAUUUCCGAACUCUGGACGCUCCCGACACGCAGGGAGCUGCGGGACGACAGCCGCGGGGUUGGGGCGUACCUGGGCGAGAGCCAGGGCAAAAACAACCACCAUCAUCAGCACACCGGGAUGCAUCUAGGUUACCGCCGCCGAUCCUCAAAAGUCUCGCGGUUCAACCGGUCCCAAAACCGAUACUGAAGCCCCCCAGAAAACUGGAAUUUCAGCCAUCAAGGACGGACACUUCCGCCGAGAAAUGGGCGACCCAGCGUUCCGUUGCCCCGCCCGCCCCCAUAAACCCGGUGCCCCCACAGAGCAGGGGGGAGCGCCCAUGGAACCAGUAUGGCUCCGAAGGGCAGCGCCGCCCCCGUGAACGGCCUUACUCGCUGCGGACUCAACCCCCGUUCAGCACGAGGCCUGGAGCGCCACAUGUUCGGCCGCCCCCUACAUACUCGGAUUCAGAGGACUCGACAUCCGAGGACGACAAAUUCUCCACCACCGCCCCCGAGCCUGCCUGGCAACCACAAGAGCACGACCUACCCGAGCCACAACUGGCUAGGAAACCGCAACCGCAACGGGGGCGGCAGCUCAGAUUCGAAGAACCGGUCAAGCAGAUUCAACCGCGCGGGCGGAAGGGACCUACGACGUAUUUCCCCGCCGCCGAUCAGCCAUCCCUGUGGGAUCCGCAGCGCCGCAAGGCGAAACCUGCAUUUCCGGAUCCAGUGCCAGGCCCAUCCUCGCCCGCAUCGGCAAAACAGCUUUCCGAUGGGAAAAGCCCGCGCCGUCGAGGCGAGCUAGCCCUGCAACCUCUGGAUCCAGUCAUCAGCACCACUACCGAAAUAAAGCCCCUGAAACCUGUCGCAAACCGACACGCCUCGCCAGUCGUCGACAGGGGGCAUUCACUCCCCACCACCUCGCCUGAGCGUACGCACAAUCCGAAAGCAAAACGGCAAAAAGAGGUCUCCGUGAUUCCGAAGAAGAAGCCAUCCGCACCGAAGCCGCGCCGGAAUGUCAAUGAGCAUCGGACUCUACGACCACGACCAACAAAACAACAAAAUGCGACAGAACCGGUCGCUCCUGCAAAGUUCCCCAUCAGCGGUGGAGGUCACUCCGAACCGCGACUUGGGCGCGAGUCCGCCUCCGAUUCGGAAUCCGCAACCGACCCCACGCGAAUCCCACUUUCCGAAGGGGAAUCCACAGACGAUUCCUCCUCCGUUUCGGAUGAUACUGCCAAAACCGGGAAGCAAGCCUCCCAGCAGGAAGAGAUUAUCGUCCGUUACCGUUUCCUUGAGGACCUCGAAUCUGCUGCUCUCCGGAACGUCUACCUAGACAGCGUUCCCAUCCCCGAGGUCUACCGGGAGUUGGUCGAUAACCUACCCGCAUAUUGUAUCGAUAAUGGACAGGAAGAUGGCGAGCCCGAUAUCGAUGUCUUCGGUAAUCCCCGACCACCGCCUGAGCGGUCGAGCAGCCACAUUCCCGAUGCUCCAUUGGAGCCAGUGCCAGAGCCAGAACCAGAGCCAGUGUUGGAUUGUUCCAAGGAACCUCUUCCCAAGCCGCAGCAUUCUCCGGAUUUCGAAGAAUUUCCCUGUGAGGAGCAUCAAAGGCCACCCGUAGGCGAAGAUCUGGCCGCCGACCUCAACCCUGCAUUCGUGGAGUACGACGGGGGGACGUACGACGAGGAGGAAUACUUCGAAGAUGCGGAACAGGAGGCUUACGGAGAAGAUGCCACAUACAGCCCCGAAAGGGAUCCGCACGAAUCCGACGAAGCACCUUCCGACAGCUCCAGCGCAGAGCCUUCGCAACCCUACCUUGACGGCUCAUCGGAUCCAAUCGACGAGCUCCUCUCCCUCUGGGAGACGGCGUCUCUCCCCGACCAUUCCGUCGCGCAAACGUUCGAGAACGAUCACGAUUCCAUCCCAUGGCACACAUCCGGCGGCAGCGACGUGGCCAAAACCGAGCCAUCCUUCACCGACGAUGCCGACCCCCAACCCCAACGAACACCCGCUUCGGAAGCAGUGGGAGCGUCCGCAACGGCGGAAAUCUACAUUUCGGAAACCUGCUACACCAAGAACCGGAAAAACUUUUAUGCAGUGCACGCGGGCAAAAGAGCAGGGAUCUACGGGACGUUCCCGGAGAUGCAAGAGCAAACCUUGGGCGUGUCGCGAGCUAGGAUCACGAAGUACCGCAACUUAGACGAGGCUAAGGCGUCGUUUGACGACUGGGAGACGAAGGGCCUGUAUCGCUCGCCGCCGAAGAAGGAGGGAGAGCCUUGAUUCCAAAGUUUCGGUCAGCGGUUAUUUCGCGCAUUCCAUCGCACGGAUAUUUUUCUUUGCUUUUCAGACUUGAUUUAUAGUUUGCUUAUAGUUGCGACGCGGGGGGAAAUCUCAAAAUAGCAGCUCGCCUGAUUCUAAGGUCGCUUUUGGUUUGGCUUCUUUUUUGUCGGUAAUGCCUAUGACGAUUCAUUUGUAUGUACGGAUCUAGAAUGCACGUUUUUUUUUUUCCUGGGUGUGGGUACAUCUCCAGUCCCUGCGCAUCCAACCGGACAGUUAGCAGGUUCAGGGUAUAUCCAGAGGCGUGACAUUCCGAGAGUACGUAGCCCGCCGCAUCUUGCGUGAGUGGGUGGUGGAGUGGGACUGUGAAGUGGAGG